GUCCAGUGUGCCCGAACGGACAACGGAGUUGUGAGAUUCCUGAAAGGACAACUCAGGCAGGACAUGCCAGGACUUCCCACUGCGCCGCAGGGAACUUCCGCUUCUGUGAAGACUUUGUGAGAUUUGUGCGACAGAGCAGGGGAGACAAUCGAGAGAAAUUCUCGGACAACUCAAGCAGAAAACUGUAGUUAGCUGAAUUAACUUCCCCGCGUUUUUAGCUUUGAUUCCAUUUUAUUAGACAUUUGAGAUCUAUCCUUGACUGCUUGAUGAAGCGAGUGUAGUUUUUGUAAAACUUCACAUUGUCGGAUAAAUACACAGCACGCUUAUUACAUUUUAAACCACAAUUUAUGUAUUUUGUGAAUUUCGUUUGAUAAUUGAAUUAAUGACAGCUGGAAUUAAAAUAUAAUAAUAUAUUAUCCAAUUAGUAAGAUAUGGAAGACAUUAUGUUCUGUGGCAAGGAGAUUGCAAGGAGCCGGAUUUGCCACUUUUAAGUGUACGUUUGUCAGUCAGCUCAUGCCACUUCUAAGUGUAGGAUUGUCGUCAUUCGCCUGAGAUGAUGGGAAGGGCAAACUUUGAGGAAAUGACCAACCACUGGAAGACGUUCUCUUUUGCCUCAAGAAAAUCGAUGUGGCCUGAACCGGUGUCAAGCUAAGACAAGGAGACAAUGUGUGUGUUUACAGCUUGGACCGCGGCGUAGACAGAACGCUGGUGCAUAAUUCAUACUUCCUGUCUCCCCACACACUAUUUCCGUCAGCUGCCAUUGUUUAGAUUUUAACCUGAGCUUUUGAACCGUGGGGAAACACGUCAGAAUCAUCAUCGUUUCAAAGAGUUGCCACAAAUAAGCUUUUUGAGUUUCUGCUUCAGUGUCUCGCCAAUGUCGAGGUUGAAACACCCAAGUGUCCUCACAGCUAGGACAAGUUGUCGAACAAAUGGACGCUAGAUUGGUACACGGGAUUUGUACAUCAGAUCUUACAGCUAGAAUGAGUUGACAGAUGUUUGUUAACCAUAUUUAACCCUCAUUUAUUCCUGGAUAUUGCACAGAGGAAUCCUUUGUUAUGUCAACUAUUCCACAUAUCAAUUGAACCAUUUUGUGCUGGAUAAAAUUUCAGAAAAAUCAUCAAUUAGAACAUCUGCAUCGAGUUGCAGUAACAACCAACGACAGUUUCAGAGAGAAAAAACGUGAGCUGAAAUCAGAGAAUCAUCGGGCCACUGUUUGACGUUACAGCACACACUGUCUCGGCACAUAUUAUAUGACCUAAUUGGUUUGCAAGUGCCGUAAAACUCUGUGACUGACACUAAAACACAAUGCUUUGGGGUUUAUCUGAUCUACUCGUGUCGCAAGUGCCGUAAUACUCGGCGACUACCAGUCUAAAACACGAUGCUCCGCGCGUACCAACUGUCCAUGGUCCGAGCGCCCCACGACUCACACGGCCAGAGCCCGUGGUCUCUCAAGGACAGACCUGAGCUCAACCUGAGCGUGCGUGGUCAGACGGUGUCUACUCACAUCCUGGGCCUGGGGAUCGUGCUGGUGGGCGUGCUGGUGCUGGCUAUAGGGCUCAUCAUGGGGCUGGAGUUCCCCAAAUACGUGAAGGAGAAGAGCAAGGAGGCGCAGUGUGUCGUCUAUCACAAGCACACGGACUUCCUCAGCUGGGAGCGAGGCAGUCACUGGAACAGACAAGUCCGGAUCUAUUACUGGGAGCUCACCAACGUGGACGACUUCCUGUACAACGGACGCACGCCCAGGGUGAGUACACAUGGGACAGGAGCAAGUAUCGCUGUGCUAAGCCCCUGGUAUCUGCAGCAGUCAGGGCGAGUGGGAGGGGAGGUGGAGCUGGGCUGGUCACUAAUGCCCCGGUACGUCCGGUCAGCGCUCGUGCAGUCCUCCCUGGCGUUUGAGACCAGCAGCAGCUCGCCUACAGAGUUUGUCUUCAGACCAAACAUCACGCAGCUGGGAGACUUCAACGACGCGGGCCUGUCCAGUGAUGCGAACCUCACCUUCAUCUCAUUCAGCGCCUGGCUCAACUCCAACGGGUCUCAGUUUAAAGACGCUAUGUCUCAGGCCAGAAACAACUCUGCGUUCACAGCCAGUGAGCUGAAGGCUGUGUACAGAGUACUCACCAGCGCGCGACUGUUGGGAGGCCGUGCCUUGCAACAAGAGGACACUCACGCGAUACAUCUCUGCGAGGAGUGGGCCGCUCACCUCUGCUCUGACGACCCGGGUUCGACGCCCACGGGCGGGAAGGAGCCCGACCUCUCCGAGUGCGGGGUAAUGUAUAUUUUCCACAAGUGCCAUGAAAACAUUUCCUCUCAAGUGCGAGAGAUUCUGCAGCAGACGUUUUGCGUCAGCGGCUCGGAAGAGUGCCUCAAUUUUUCCGACGCAAGUCAGCCGUUACAAGAAGCCUACUUCCUGACUCUCUCAGGCUUCACGCAGCACGUGUCAACGUUUGUCCUUACCCGACAGAAGUCGUUGAUGCAGACAGACCUGGUCGUCACCAGAAACCAGACGGAGUUAGCGCUGGGCUAUGACGUCACCGGCAGCAACAUGGCGGCCAGUCCUGCUCGGGUCGAGGGUUUCCUCACGAGUCACUGGAUGAUAGACUCUCAGAAUGACGUCACGCCGCUGUGGACGGUCUACACGUGCCUUAAGGAGAGAGACAUGGACUAUAACAUGAAGGUCAAAGAGUACAAAGGCCAGAGCCGGGUCAGGGAAGAGCUGCUCCGGAACCCCCGCGCCCGCGUGCCCCUGCUGUCCCACACAGACUUCGCGCCGGCCUGCGCUGACCUCCGGACCUGUGUCACGUGCUCGGUGCCGGGUCACAACAUCCGGGUGUUUGAGGAGGAGCUCUUCCGGCCUGUCGACUUCCGGUUGAACGCCAGCACUUCAUACAAGGACGUCAAAGUUUACAGAUACAACAUGGCUGAAGGUUCCACUUCCGUGCCAGUGACCUUGUGGCCUCACAACGCUCCAAAACUGGGCCAAACCAUAACAGUGGAGGCCGUCACGGGCAAAGUCUGGCAGCGGAACCUCAAGCUACAGUGGAAUGUCGGGAUACCAGAGUCCAGUGCGCAUGCGCACGGCCGGAACAUCGCCACUUCUGGGCUUCCACUUCCGGUGUUCUGGGUAGAGAGAAGUUCGCUCAUAAAGGACAGACAAGUUAGCGACCAUAAACAUCUGGUGACCCGACUGAUGGAGGUGUCGUGUGGCGGGGUGAUCGGCUUUAGCGUGGCCGCCUUCAUCGUGGUCCUCAUCGGCCUCGUCAUCUGUGUGUACCCGUCCAAACCCAACCGCGUCACGCCAGUCCUCGAGGAGGUGUCCAGCAACGGCGCUUCCGGGAGGCACGUCUGACGUCAGCACCGCCGGCUUCCAGGAAAAAUCUGGGCUGAACUUUGCCCAGUGCUACUUCAAUGAUGACAUCCCUCCGACACAACGCUGUCUCUGGAACACAGUGCGGUGUUAUCAUCUUUUGACGUUAUGCAGACAGCGCCACAUACCCGUGAUAUGCUUCUGAAACCUGGGGUCUGGAAGCCAGAAACCAGAGGUAUCAUCUCUGGAUCAGAGGUAUCAUCUCUGGCUCAGAGGUUGACGGGUAAAGAACCGCUGUCUUUGCUUUCCUUAUGAAGGGCCUCGUGGGGAUGUGGCACGCAGAGAGGAGGGGAGGUGGAAGAAACAGCGGAAUCGAGCAGAAGUACAAACACACAGAGACGGACAGACGGACACGAGAAAUUCAAAUGCCAGCGAGAAAUUUCGCAUACCAGAAAAUAUAUACUGCCCCCUAUGGUGGACCGGAAAGGGGUAGGUGGAAUCUACAAGAAUCUCCCUCCCCCUCCCCACCCCCACUCCCUCUGGUUUGAAGCCUGUCCAACAGUCAAUGUCUCCUCUUGGAUAACCUUACAGUGCUGUUAGAGGCGUUCAACGUGGUUCUAUAUUAUCUUCGUAGACAGUCGGUGUAGACGUGAAAAAGUCAACCGACAGCCGGUGAUGGUAACCACGUGACAUAUAUGGAGGUCAGGGUACAAGAAUCCCCGGCGAGUCAUCUGCUUACUUUACGUCUGUGUGUCCAGGCCGCGUCUACCAUAGAGUUACCCCAGCGUCGCUCGUCAGAGCUAUGUCUGUUGUGAGCGACCCGUGUGUAUCUCCUCUGACUGCGCGUGCGUCCAGGGAGCGUGAAACCAUCAAACUGCUUUGUCUUACCUUUACUCACCUUAAUCUGCUACAGCUAGACCACGAUAUUACAGUCAAGUGCUAAGAAUAAUUUGUAGAAGCAGAUUCCUCUCCCGCGUCCACUCACUUGUACCACCCAACAAGAACGCGUCUAUUUUCCCCACUC